AUGGCCGACCCCUUCGAAGUGCGUAUGCGCUUCACGAACCUACUCACGCACCUGUCCGCGUCGGCCACGGCGUCAAUCAAAACGGCGCAUUUCGCACUCAAACACCGCGACAUGGACGAAGACCUACACAGCUGCAUCCUCGAGAACCUGGAGCGCGGAUACAACAUGAACAACCGUGCCAACAUCAUGUAUUUCCUCGAACACCACGCGGACCUGAAUGUGCGUGAGGGCGGCCACGAGCCGUACGUCGAAAUGGUCCGCCGCGACAUCGUGCGCAUUGUCGAUGCCGUCGCGCAGAGUGGUGCAAAUGUCAAGGUGGUGCGGAGGGUGGUUGCGGGACUGGGCGAGAAGGGGCUUUUGGUGCCGGAUGUGGUGGCCGGCAUUGAGGGUGGGUUGAAAGAGAAGGAGGAGAAGUUGGGAAGGUUGUUAGGUGGCGAUGAGGAGGAAGAGGGUAAAGAGGGUGCUGCGGAGUCUGGUGGUGGUGGUUCUGAGAGGGCUUCUGCGACUGUUGGUGCUGUAAGUGGCGGUGGUGCAGCUGUGGGUCCUCCGGUUCCUGCGUCCGCCAGUGUUUCGAGGAGUCAAAUCGACGGCGAUGCCAUGGAUGCUUCCACCACAGGACCAGGUGGGGACGGCGCUGCUGGAGACACCAGUGCACGACCGACGCCACGAACCGGCGCCGGUCAGUCCGGGAAGGCUGCAAGUUCGGGAGUGUCCAAAGUCGACAAGAGAGCCAUCGAGCAGAGAAUCGAGGAAGACCGCGAGCGAAAUAAGCGAUUGCGGGAGAGUGUGUGGGCUGUGGCCGGCGAUGAUGAACAGGAACUCAACAAGAUGUGGGAGGAAAGCACUCGGAUCGGACGAGACGAGCAUGUCAUUGCCGACGAGGAGGCCGAUGAGCGGAGACAGUUCGUCAGAUACCGUCAGGCUUUGUUGGGACGAUGA